AUGAAGGUCAAGAUCUCCCGCUGGAACACCGUUGCGACAUGGCGGUGGGAUAUCCCCGAGGAUGAUGUGUGUGGUAUCUGCCAAGUCCACUUUGAUGGCACAUGUCCGACCUGCAAAUACCCCGGCGACGACUGCAGCCUAUCAAUCAGUAUCUGGAAAAUGCGGCCACAACUUUCACAUGGCGAGUCUGCGUUUCUCGCUCGUGCCCUCUUUAUUUCUAACAAGGCAUACAGCAUUGCAUCCAGGAGUGGAUCAAGCAAGACUCGGCCAAGGGCCAAUGUCCCAUGUGUCGUCAAAAAUUCGAAUGGACGGAACAAGCCAACGAAACGGUUGGAGUUGACCGAUAGUCUCCUUAUUGAUUUCAACGGUGUUUGGCGCAUGGUUCUGAUAACGAUAAGAUACCCCAGGAUCACCUCCACCAUGCCGCCCAGCAGCAGCUCCAACUUCCGUCCCUUCCUGGAUCCCAUCGUCGAGAGCAACUCCUCCCAACAUCUCGACCCGGGAAAAGAUGCCAACCAGUGCGACGCGCUCAACCCCGUCACACACCCGUCCCGCCGGCCCCGGAACAAGACCAGCAGCAACCGAGCUCCCGUCAAACGUUACCCGACCUCACGCGACCGUGACCGUGACUGUCAGCGUCUCAUGAUGGCCGACGUCCCCACGUCUCCGCGUCCGGAGAUCGCAGAUCACCACCCCGCCGGCGCCGCUGGAGCCGCUACCUCCCCAUCAUCCUCGCAGAACCAGAAAGCCCCCGCGACGACGUCCGAUAACAGGGCAUCACCAGACAUCACCACCGCAGACGCCAGUGCCGAAGCAGAUCACCAACUCGACGACGCCGAGCCUGAGCCUGAGCCCGAGCCCGAGCCCGUCGCGCCCAAGCUCGACCCCGCGGGCUUCUUCACCCUCGUCUCCAACUCGACGACGAACACAACACACCACCCCACCGUGAAGUACAUCUUCCUCGACGACGACCCGGACAUCCUCACCUCGGCGCUCGCGACGCAGCAUGCGGCCAACCAGGUCCCGGCACCGUCAGCGUCCACUUCCAAGACAGGCAGGAGCCAGCCGAACCCCGCCGACCGCACGAUAUUGCUAGACAUGGUCCCCGGACCCGACGGCCAGUGGGCAAUCUCCUCGGCCGCCAGCCUCAGCGCCGACUUCGCCGUGACAGAAGCCAGCAUCUCCCGCCAGGAGGGCGAGAAAGAAGGCGGCAUGGUCCUCAAGAUUGACGGGGUCGAAAGCGAGGGCAUCGGCGCAGGCGGCGAUAAGGACAAGACGGAUAGCUUGCCGAGCUCCAACAGCGGCGUGGCCAAGUCCGGCGGCGAGGAUUACGGCCCGCUGCUGGAGGACUUUGAGCGCAAGAUGAGUGUGCUCCGUCGGGUCGUCAAGGCGGGCGAGGGCCGGGCCGAGAAAGCUCGUGAGAAGAAGACUGAGGACGGCGUGGAGGGUGAGGGUACGGUCGAUGGUCAAGAGUGA